GGACGGAGCGGCGACCGAGCGGGAGGAUGGCGGCGGCGAGGACGCCGGGCAGUGCCCGGCAGCUGGGGUGGCUGCUGCCGCUGCUGCUCGUGGGGCUCUCCGCCCCGGCGGCCACGCUGGCCGGCUACAUCGAGGCACUUGCUGCCAAUGCUGGCACAGGAUUCGCUGUGGCUGAACCUCAGAUUGCCAUGUUCUGUGGAAAGCUGAACAUGCAUGUGAAUAUCCAGACUGGAAAAUGGGAGCCUGAUCCUUCUGGGACCAAAAGCUGCUUUGGAAGGAAAGAAGAAAUUCUGCAGUACUGCCAGGAAAUCUAUCCAGAGCUUCGGAUUACAAAUGUGGUGGAAGCUAACCAAGAAGUCAGCAUCGAAAACUGGUGUAAAGAAGGCAAGAAGCAGUGCAAGGGCCACACUCACAUUGUUGUACCUUUCAAAUGUCUUGUGGGCGAAUUUGUCAGUGAUGUUCUCUUGGUUCCAGAAAAGUGCAGAUUCUUUCACAGGGAGCGGAUGGAUGUGUGUAAAAGUCACCAGUACUGGCAUAGUGUAGCAAAAGAGGCCUGUUUGACUGAAGGGGUAAUUCUGCAUAGUUAUGGCAUGUUGCUUCCUUGUGGAGUAGACCAGUUCCAUGGCACUGAAUAUGUGUGCUGCCCUCAAGCCAAAAUUGUUGAUGAAGCACUUUCUGAAGAGGAGGAGGAGGAAGAGGAGGAGGAGGAGGAAGAUGAAGACUAUGACAGUUACAAAAGUGAGCUGCCUACUGAGGCAGAUACAGAGGAGAUCACAGCAGCAGUUGUGGAGAUGGAUGGGGAUGAGGAUGAAGAGCAAGAGGAAAACGAAGAAGAAGUGGUGGUGGAUCGGGAUUACUAUUAUGAUGGCUAUAAAGAUUACGAUGAGGAGCCCCCGACUGAACCAAGCAAUGAAAAGUCUCUCUCUGAAAAGGAAAUAAUGAGCGAUGUGAAAGCUGUCUGCUCCCAGGAGGCGAUGACAGGUCCCUGCCGGGCUGUGAUGCCUCGUUGGUACUUCGACAUGUACAAGAAAAAGUGCAUUCGCUUUAUAUAUGGAGGCUGCGGAGGCAACAGGAACAAUUUUGAGUCAGAGGAAUAUUGUAUGGCUGUGUGUAAAAAGAUGAUUCCUCCCACCCCUGCACCUACUGAUGAAGUGGAUGUCUACUUUGAAACACCAGCUGAUGACAAUGAACAUGCCCGCUUCCAGAAAGCAAAAGAACAACUAGAGGUUCGACACCACAACCGCAUGGACCGAGUUAAAAAGGAAUGGGAAGAAGCAGAACAUCAAGCCAAGAAUCUCCCGAAGGCAGAGAGACAAACUCUCAUGCAGAGAUUCCAGGCAAUGGCUAAAUCACUGGAGAAAGAAGCAGCCAGUGAGAAGCAACAGCUUGUGGAGACUCAUCUAGCUCGCGUAGAAGCCAUGCUCGAUGACCGCCGUCGCAUUGCCCUAGAAAAUUAUCUAGUUGCUCUGCAGACUGAUCCUCCGCGGCCCCACCGUAUCCUCCAAGCUUUGAAGCGUUAUGUCCGUGCUGAGAACAAAGACCGUUUGCACACGAUCCGCCAUUAUCAGCAUGUUUUGGCUGUUGACCCAGAAAAGGCUGCACAGAUGAAAUCACAGGUGAUGACCCAUCUUCGUGUAAUAGAGGAGAGGAUGAAUCAAAGCCUGUCCCUGCUCUACAAAGUACCUUAUGUGGCUGAAGAAAUCCAGAAUGAGAUUGAUGAGCUGCUCCAAGAACAGCGGGCUGACAUGGACCAGUUUACUUCUUCUAUCUCAGAAUCCCAAGUGGACGUCCGUGUGAGUUCUGAAGAAAGUGAUGAAUCUCCACUCUUUGAUGGUAAACCUUUCCGUCCAUUCCAGGUGAAAACUUUCCCAGCCUCAUCAGAAAAUGAAGAUUCUCAGCCGGAUUUGUACCACCCAGUGAAAAAAGGGUCUGGCAUGGCGAACCUUGAUGGGUUGAUUGGAGCAGAAGAGAAAGUAAUUAACAGCAAGAACAAGCUGGAUGAGAACGUGGUUAUUGAUGAAACCCUUGAUGUGAAGGAAAUGAUUUUCAAUCCUGAGCGAGUUGGAGGACUGGUGGAUGAGCCGGAAAAUGUCAAUUCCCUGCGUGAUGAUUUCAGCUUCAGCAGCAGUGCUCUCAUUGGCCUCUUGGUGAUAGCUGUUGCCAUUGCCACCGUCAUAGUGAUCAGCUUGGUGAUGCUGAGGAAGAGGCAGUAUGGAACUAUCAGCCAUGGAAUUGUCGAGGUUGACCCAAUGCUAACCCCAGAGGAGCGGCAUCUGAACAAGAUGCAGAAUCAUGGCUAUGAGAACCCAACAUACAAAUACCUGGAGCAGAUGCAGAUUUAAAGUACGUUGAAACUGCGGUGCCCUGGCCAGCAAAGGCUUUGGGUAGGGAGGGCCAAAAUGGUCCAGUAUUUUGGAUCAACUACUGACCAACUGUCGCUUGAAGAGGACUUCAUCUUACAUUCAGAACUCCUGGAACAUUUAAGACUUAAUUACUACUGUAGAGUUGCAAUUUCCAUUCUUUUAAAUGGGUGAGGAAAUGAUAAUAUAACAAUAUAUGAUAUAUAAACCUUAAAUGGGAAAAUGGAUCUAUUGCAGAUAUUUGAGAUGUAGUUUUUUUUUCUUUUUUAAGAAACCUAAUCUAAUGAAGAGAAAUCCCAGUGCUGUUGUAUUGUCUGAUAACAAGUUCUCUGUAUAAAUGAGAAAUGUUUGUUUUCUUUCUGAUACACCACUUGUAUAUUCAAGGUCAUUUGUACCAACCACAUUGUAUAAACAAGACACUUGUGGCUCUUUGGUCAUUCUGGCUUUUAUAUAUAAAAGCAGUAUUCCUUUUUUCUUUUCUUUUUAGAGAAAUCUUUUCCCCAGAAGUCACAAAAAAGAGAAUGGGGAAUAACAACAACCAGCAAAAUUCGUAACGGAAACCUUGUAUAGAUUCUGAGAUGCCAGUGACCUGUGCGAUUGUGCUGCUAUGUGGCUUGGUUUUCAGAAAUCCUAGACCCUCUCGAAGUAUGGAGGGUAAAUGCUUCUGCCAUUUUAGGGCCUUUUAGUGGAAAGCAAGGUCAUGGCUGGUGCACAUUGGGACUGCACAGCUGCCUUGCUUUCUGAAUGCAGCCUGGCUGUAGAGUUGGAAGCCUUUAAGUCUGAUUGCAAUCUUGUCCUUUCUGCCUGAACCAGCCUCCUUUAGCACCUUGCCUAGUGUAAGCCUGCCCCUCUUUAUUAAUGUGCUAGCAAGCCCCCCACCCCUUCAUGGUAAAUCAUGGUCAUUACGGGAUUGGGAGUCCGAUAUGUCUUCCCAAGAAAGCUGGGGUUGGUGCUGGAGGGUGUGUGCAUUUAGGGAGCCAAAGAAUCAUUGCAAGGGCUCUCUAUCUGGGAUGGGGUUAGGGUGGGUAGAAGCGAGAAUGACGGAUAAAUGGAGAACAAAGGGAAUCAGUGGGCACUGACGUGUCAAGGGAACUUGUUCCAUUCACCAUCAUGUCUUUGUAAUGCUUGUAUAGUUGAUGUUAAUGCUCACAGCUUUUUAAAAAAUUCUGGAGGUUCUGGUAACCUGUGGUGUAUUUUUUUUCCUAUUUUCUGUGACUUUUCUUUAUCCUCCACCCCUUUCCAUGUCUCUUCCCACUAUGCACAGAUUUACUUAACCCACAAACUCCUUAGUGUGAUCUGUGGGGAAUGUAAAAAGUUGGAAACACAUCAAUAAACACUUUAACUUACA